AGUGGAUUAUGCAAUGCAUGAGCUGGUGAAAGGUAGGAUCUCCUUGAGCUUUCGGCUGGUGCGGCGCUGGCUUUGACGCCAAGGAGAAACAGGGAGACAGAGAGAGCAUGAAGGAGAAAUAUAUAUAAAAAGCAUCGUGUUUUUCUCUUAUCUUCUUCUGUUCUUCCUUCCCCAUUUUAUCUUUUUUGAUUUUUUUUUUGCUGGGUUGUAUGGAUUAUAUAUAAACAUAAUUAAUUAUACUCUCUGCUUGGAUCCUUCAAUGGUGGCAUCUAUGGCAUCUGUUCUGUUCAUCUGCAUCUGCACGCUUUCCUUGCUGCGAACCGCUUUCUCCUUCUCCUCCCUGUGCCCUCACUACUCCACCUUGUUUCUCAGCGCUCUCCAAUCUCAAUGCCCUCUCGCCACUCCCUCCCAUUCACUCCUCCAGGUGGAUGGUAGCUUCCUGGAUAGAGCUUUGACUUCCAGUCGGACUGAUAUGUAUACUUCUGUUCUUUUCUAUGCUUCUUGGUGCCCAUUUUCACGCAAUAUGCAUUCAGAAUUUGAAGUUCUCAGUUUCAUGUUUCCCAAAAUUGAUCAUUUGGCAAUUGAACAAUCUUCGGCAAUGCCAAGUGUCUUUUCAAGAUAUGGAAUUCAUAGCUUGCCUUCAAUAUUAAUGAUAGGCCAGGGUUCUGAAGUGCGAUAUCUCGGUCCAAAGAAUCUUGUUUCCCUUGUACAAUUCUACAAGCAAACAACAGGACUUGAACCAGCUCAAAAUUUCACCGAGAAUCGACAUAUCAACUUGGAAAGAAGUGAAAAGAUGAGUAAGCAGUUGUGGAACUGGUCAUCACUGACGGGGAUAUUUAUGAGAGAACGAUACUUGGUAUUCUCGGUAAUUUUCCUUUAUAUAAGGUUACUCUUCUUGAUACUGCCAAAGGUGUUAUCUCAUCUCAAGGAUUUCUGGUUCUCAUAUGUUCCCCAUCUGAAACUGGAAAUAUUUGGGGAGACGAGCCAAAUUAUGGGGCGUGUACUUCAUAUGAUAGACUUAGAGAGGGUUCGGACCAAGUUGAGAAUGUGCAAGGUCAGGAAUUUCCAUGAAGGCGCAAAGAACGCUCGGGUUUGGGCUUCUUCCCUAGCUUCGGUAUCUUUGGGCGAAACUUCACUGGCUAAAUCAUCAUCCUGAUUCGGCGACUCAAGACCAGGUGUAGAGCAGAGCUCAUCAAGAUGCUCAGGGACGCCCGGAUAGGUACUCUUUUUCGGUCUCUCCCAAUUUCCUAGUUUAGUUAGCUGUUUUUCUUGUAUUGUAGAUUAUGUUACUAAUGAUGUUAGAUGUAGCUGAUGUCUUAUUUUCAUAUUGGGUUUCUUUUUGGGGAGAGCAAACAAGCUUGUAAAUUUGUGAAAUGCUGUUUUGUGUAUAAUAUUAGUUGUUUGGAGGAACAUCUCUGCCUAACAUGUUAGCUAAAUGUAAUCUUUCAGAUUGCCUAGUCCAGGCAAAA